CUCCUCGUCUUUCCUAUACCGCGGUCUCCUGGCAACAGCGCAACACAAGUUCAGACGGACACAGAACCCGGAAGGAACCGCUUUAAAUUUAAAUAUCUGGAACUAGUAUUUUUUCCCUGUUAAAAGCAGGCUAGUUAACUCACCCAAAAUGGAUGCACGCUCUCUCCCUUUGCUGAAUAAGAACGACCAGCGUUUUCACCUGAAAGUGGAAAACAGGCUGAAAAAUAUUUUUGUAACGCAGUUAGAAGACCACGGUCAUUCUCAUAGCAGAGAAGAGGGACAGAAUGUCAAACACAUCCCUGUCAUAACAGAGUCAUCUGACAGAAUCCUGAAAACGGGUAUCAACACUCUUCAAAAGACGCUUGUGCUGAAGACGCAGGUGCAACUGGACGAUGUAAAUAGGCAGUUACUGCAGAAACGGCUCGAGUUCAAAGAUCGCAUGCAAGCUCUGGAACAGAGAAGGGCAGCACUUCUGGAAAAACAGGAGGAAACGAAAGAGAGGGCAACGAAGUUUGAAAAGUUUGUGGAAGAAAAUGAGGUAAAGCGACGCCGUGCUCUGAAGAAAUACCAACUAGAGAAAAAAGAGAAUGAACUGAGGGAGGAGGAGAAAUCCAAACUAUAUGAAGAACUUGAGCAGCUUCAGCUCAGGCAUCAGCAACUAAAAGAACGAGUUGAUAAAUAUAAGAUUUAUGAAGAGUAUAUGAUGAAGAUUCUAGAUUUACUACCAGAGGCUUAUUUAGAAUAUGGCUCAGAUUCUUUGGUGAUGCCCAUCAUCAGACGCCAUGAGACCUUGUCCAUCACUCAGCAGGACUUGUUGCAACGUCUCACCAGUCUGGCAGAGGAACUAGACCAGGGCCGAUGCAACCUGGACUCACUUAAACUGGAGCACAGCACAAGCAGACUUAUGUCCAAUAAGGAGUUGUCAGAACUGCGGACCCAGUGGGAUCAAAUCAGAGAGAAGAAUAAACAACUGGAGAUGACCCUGUAUAUUCAACAUGACCAGUCCGUAGACCAGAUUGAGGAGAUUGGGUGUCUUUUGCUAGCGGUCAAAAAUCUUGCACAGCAAUGCCACCUGCAACACUAUGGACCUUUACAAAAAAUGGACUCGCUGACCAUGAUGGACAUGAUAAAGGAGUUCAUUCUGGAGACUGUGGAUACAGAAAGGAGAGCACUGCAGAUAACAGACUCCAGUUCAGAACCGAUGAAGAGGAGCAGACACAGAGGAAGUAAAGGACCAGCCCUGACUGUAAACAGCUCCAGUAAAGUUAACCUAAAGAGCAGUAGCAAAACAAGCGAAAGUGAACUUCUGAGCUCCUCUAAGAUGAUGUAAUAAAACACAUUUCUGACUGAUAAUAAGAGUCUUAAAUAAAAUAAUCAGUUUUUCUUAGCCCACCGUUGAGGGGGAAAAAAAGAGCAAUAUUUGCCAUUUCCUACCUUGAGUGCACUAUACACAAAACUUAUUGCAAGAUGGUACACAAAUGCAGCACCUCUGUGUGUGUGUGUGUGUGUGUGUGUGUGUGUGUGUGUGUGUGUGUGUGUGUGUGUGUGUGUGUUCAAAGAAUACAUUUGGCAUUUUUCUAGCAAACGUGAUAACUAUGCUAGCAUGCAUGUCUUCCUUGGAAGAGACAGGACUAGAGCAAAGGUAAAAAAUAUUGGCUUUAUGUUGGCCUUAACCCAAAACAUUGCCAACCCUGGAUUUAAAUACUAAAUUGUAAACUGUAAAUUGUGUUUGUUG